ACGAUGUGAAUCGAGGAGUUGAUUACCAAGGGCAGUGCAUACAUUGAAAUACAUUAGUAUAGUACAGCUAUGAAGGUGGACGUGGAGUUGUCGCAUCGGGGUUCAUAACUUGAUACUCAAUCUAAGGGUCGAGGGUUCGAAUCACAGCCCGGUACUAACGAUCUUUGGCAGGACAUUAAUUCACAAUGGCAACUCCCCGCCCAGGUGUAAACGGUUACCUGAUAAUUGCGUGGCCCUCAGGAGGAACAACUUUGAUGCUGAUGAGACUUCCCUGGUUUUCACGAUGUCCGGCCCGACAUCGCUCUCAAUGACCACUGGAUACAUCUUCUCCAUUGCAUUGUGUAUCACCAUUUGUUCGAGAUGGGCCCUAGUCGUCCAUGGCUUCAACGUCGAUACAUCGUUCCCGUUGUACUUCACCCACGAUGACACGGAUAGCCAGUUUGGACUCUCACUAGCACUUCAUAGUGAGGGAGAAGAGAAUAUGUUACUGGUAGGGGCACCUCGGGCCAUGUCAUCGGGGUAUUCCGCGGACCAGUCGAUAGUAAGGAGCGGGGCCCUCUACAAGUGCCCCAUAGAUACAUCGAUCGGGACACGGGCCGAUUGCCAGGAGAUAGUUGUGGAUACAACAGGGAAUGAAUACCUCGACACUAACAACCCGGACUUCCAGUCAACGAAUGCUUCAGGUCAGUGGUUAGGGUCUACCUUACAGAGUGGAGGUCCAGACGGAUCAGUCGUGGUAUGCAGACCGCUGUACUCCUAUCAAAAUAUCGAUAACAAUCAAGAUGUAGAACGAUACUUACGAGGUGGCUGUUUCGUCAUCAAUGGGGGUCUGACAUCACCCAAUCCGGGUCUUUUGGACACAGCUGUUAAUUUUAACCCUUGCGCUGCUAACACGGUGGGUUAUCGCAUCGAAUACGGUUGCGAGUUUGGUGGCAGCGCUGCUGUGAGAGAUACUAAGAUUGUAUACGGUGCUACCGGAGGCUGUUUGUGGAAUGGUCGUAUUUGGUCCACAAAUGAUGGGAUUACUGAUGCGUCUGCUCUGUUCUAUUUUCCACAAACAUGCGGCUUUAAUCCCGAAUUUGUAUAUUACUUCGGUCACGCUGUUGCAUUUGGAAAUUUUCGGGAUGGCCCCACCUUAGAAGUUGCCAUUGCCGCACCACGCUGGGAUCAUGGAUUUGGGCGGGUGUUCUUGUACGAUGAUGCCUUCAUGGAGUAUGAUAUAAUCACUGAUGGCGAUUUAGCCACGUAUUUUGGCCAUGCCUUAGCUACUUCGGAUCUCAAUAACGAUGGAUUUGAUGAUCUGGUCAUUGGUGCGCCAAUGUUUACCGAUGAGGAGAGAUCAAUAGACGCUGGAUGGGAGGUUGGGAAAAUCUUCAUAUACUACAACGAUCAACAGGGAAGUUUUUACUUCGAUGAAAAUGACGUCAUCAUUGGGACUGGUGCUGGCUGUCGCUUUGGCUAUUCUAUCGCCGCUUUGGGCGACAUCAACCAAGAUGGAUUUAAUGACUUGGCUGUGGGUGCACCCUUCUGUAAUGGCGGUAAUGACGGAAAGGUUUUCAUCUACCACGGAUCAGGAAUAAACCUACCUCUCAAUCUCUCACCACAACAGACCUUGAGUCCGUCGGUCUUAGGGAGACCCUUGAAGUUCUUCGGCUUUGUGAUGUCAGCAGGACUUGACGUUGAUCAAAAUACAUAUCCGGAUUUCGCUGUUGGAGCACACGAGUCUCAAACUGCAAUAAUCUUUCGGUCGAGAGCAGUAGUAUGGACCGUUGCAGAAAUAUAUCCAGAGGAGAACGCCAUUGAUCUGGAUGUAAAGAGUGUGACAACAUCAAGGGGUGUUCUCGUGACAGGGUUUAAUGUUGUCGUGUGCCUUCACUACAUGGGUCAAGGAUUACCAGCUAAUUUAGAUUUUUCAUACGAGAUUGUUUUGGACUCCUUAAGACAAGUAAUCAACCGUCGAGCUGCAUUCAUUACUAACAACAUCGCUACUCUUCGCCAUCAAAUCAGUGCGCCAAUUGAACAACCAACAUGCAUGACACAUGCUGCAUUUAUUCAGCCUACCAUUCGAGACAAGCAGACUCCAAUGAGUCUUCGGCUGAUUCACAGUGUGGCUCAGACAUCUCAAUCAGACUCUGCUGUACAACCAAUCAUGUCUAACGCCGUCAAUAACCAGACACUCAACUCGCUUGUCUUUGCCAGGGAUUGUGCCGGUGAAACAUGCUAUCCAGAUCUUGCAGUUCAGACAAUUGUUUCGACCACGGAACUGAUGAUCGGGAAGGCUGAAACCUUCUUACUCACAAUCGAUGUCAUGAACAGCGGCGAAGACGCUUUCCUAUCCGUACUCGACAUCGUCGAACCACCUGGUCUAUUCUUCGUCAAUGUUCUACGAUCAAACACAGGUAUCAUUGUAUCGUGUUCUGUAUCGACAACCAAACGCAUACGAUCAUGUAAUAUUGGCAAUCCUGUACCAGCCGGUGAUCAGAUUACUGUAGGCCUACAGUAUCAGACUGCUACCUACAGUACAUUCACUGGGCCAGCUGUGUUGAAUAUAUCAGUUUGCAGGUGA